GAGAAGUGAAAAGAAGGCGCCACAGGCAGGCAGCGUUUCGACAACGGGAUACUGGCUCUCUAACACUGGCAAAUCUAAUUUAGAUUUAUUCAAAUUUACAUAUAAUUGAAAAAGAGAAAAGUGGAAUAAUAAAGCGACAAAAUAUCCACUCACUGCAUAACCAUCAUCAAAACCAUCACUACCGGCAACAACAGCAACGGUACACAACACUCCAUCAAAGUUUAAUUUUGAACGUUUGUUGGUUGGUUGCCACACACAGAUAUAGAGGACACAAAAAACGGCCAAUAUGCGUCGCUCCUCAUUUACACCCGUUUUUAAUAUCAGCACGCAGGAGCCUCUCAUUGUGGUCGAGGAGACCAAUCCCACAGAUGAUGAUGGCGAUGAGCUAUUGGGUGCCGUUGGUGGCGGCAGUGGCACAGAGGCAGGUGGCUCAAAUGCUGCCAAAAGGACAAACAGCGAUGACUCGGAACCAGAAUCCCCCAAAAAUCCCUAUCUGCUAUGCCCUUUGCCUGACAUGCAACAAAGACGUAAACACUCAUUGCCAUCAUUGCAGAUUACCGAAGGUAUUACCGCCAGUCAGGUGAGACGUCUGUCCGAUGUGGGCGGCGAAACAGGCGGUCUCAGCCCGCACGAUGUGGAAUUUCUGACAACACUAUCACAAUCACAAUGUGGCACAUCGGCCGGAGGACGAAGACACUCUGUAGUGACCAUUUCUGCUGUGGCACCCACACUAUUUGGCCGUAACCGUCGCGAAUCCAUAUCCGGUGCACUCUACAGCGGCAGCCGUAGGGGUAGUAUCGUUCAAGGUCCCCCCUUGACAGACCAUAGGGGUAGCAUACAUAAUCUACAGCUUGAUGUUAUGGAUGGCAUUGUACACGCCCGUAAAUCGCGUUCUGGCAGCGGUGUUUGGCAGGCUCCCAUACUAAAAGAAACCGAAAGCAAUGUUCCCGUACAGACAUAAAUUAAUCGCUUCAUCCCUCCCAGUUAAUCCUCCCAUCCAUCCAUCCCUCAGUGUCUCUUUCUCACUUACUGCGAAGAAGCCUUCUUCAUAUUUUCACCCAACAACAACAACAACAACAGCGAGUGUAAUGAAAAGAAAAUGGCACUCAAGGCAAAGAAUAUUAUUUACAGUUAUUAAAUUAUAAGAACAAGAGAACAAAAAAAAACACAAGAGAAGACGACUACAUUUUAGGUUUUAAUUUUUAUUGCAUUAUCGUUGAAAUGUUCCAAUACAUGUGUGCCAAAUUAACAAAGUCGAAAGUCGAGGGUGGCUCGCUCACGUUGCCCGCCCUCUCACGAAAUGGAUGAAUGCGACAGCCAUCAAAUAACGAAUAUUGAAACUAAAGCCCAUGGCAUUAAGGGAGAAACCCUAAUGUAAUAGAUGUUAAUUUAGUUUAAAGGAAACGGAAAUUGACCAUGUUUCCUACAUCUGCCUUCGGUUUAUUAUCUCUCCUCUGUGUGUCUCAGUGUGUGUUUGACUUUGACAAAAGCCAUUUUCGACAUUUUUUACAGAACGGAAGCGCUCUCACAACCAUUUAUGGAUAAUAACAGAUAUACAGUUUUUCAAUUUAUCUUUGUUGUAGUUUUUUAAUCAUUGUUUGUAUAUUUUUUUUCUUAAGGAAUUGAUAAGUAAUUUAUUUGGAGAGUAAGCAUUUGAAAAUGUAAUGACAUUAGAAAUACAUUUAAGAAACUUAAAAUAGAAAUAGAGAGAAAACAAAAAUCUAAAAGCAUUACAUGUUUAGACACACUACAUGAAUGUUGAAAUAGAAUUAGAAAGAACAUUGAAUGCAUAAAAGUAUAACAUCUAAGUGUAAGUUAAAACAAAAAUCCUAAACAAAUUUUAUUAGUAUUCAAGUCAGACAAAAAGAUGAAAAAGAAACAGAAACUAAAAACUAAAAAAGGUAUUACUAUUUACAAAAUAAAGGUAACAUUUAAAAACAAAGAUAAAUUAAGAGCAAUAUUUUAAAGAAAAAAGAAACAUAGAAACUAAACACUAAUACGAUUACGAGUACAACCUGUAACAAUUAAAAAACUACAUGUUUGAGCUAUAAGAUACAUUUAUAAAGAAACCAAAAACAAGAGUGCUGGAAUAUUUGCACACCCAAAACAAAAAAGAAAAACACAAUAGCAUAACAAAGCCAUGUAAAAUAUUUUCAAAUCUCAUAAAAAUUUAAAAUUUAAAAAGAA